AUGCCCAACGGCAGCCUCGACCAGCACCUCUUCCGGCGCGGCGGCGCCCAGGAGCAGCGGGCGGCGCCGCUCAGCUGGGCGAGCCGCUACGGCAUCGUCGCCGACGUUGCCUCUGGCCUGCACUACGUGCACCACGAGUAUGGCCGCACGGUGCUCCACCGCGACAUCAAGGCCAGCAACGUCAUGCUGGACGCGUCCUUCUCGGCGCGCCUCGGGGACUUCGGCCUCGCCCGCGUCAUCGACUUCGACCGGAGCUCCUUCACCGACGCGACCUGCCCGCUGCUGGUUGACUUCGUGUGGCGGAUGCACGGCCGCGGCGCGCUGGUCGGGGCCGUGGACCAGGAUCUCGGCACGGCAGGGUACGACUCCGACGAGGCCAACAGGCUGCUGCUCCUCGGACUCGCGUGCAGCAGCCCCAACCCCGGGGACAGGCCCACCAUGCCGGAGGUGCUGCAGAUCGUGUCCAAGAAGGCGCCGCCGCCGGAGGUGCCGCUGUUCAAGCCGACCUUCGUGUGGCCGCCGGAAGGGGGAGCGGCGCACUUCAGCCUGAGCGACAUCGAGAUGACGACGAGCAGCGGGGGCAGCUACGUCGGCACAGGCACUGGUUCGUCGACGCGCGCGACGCAGGAGACAUCCUACGACAGCUUCCGGCAGCCGCCCUCGGCACCAAACAACAGCCAGGAGUACUUCCCCGCUCUGUCCUCCGGCCGGUGA